GAAGCCUUAAUGAAAGGACAAAUUAGGAUUACAUCUUUUGAUAGCGGAAGUCUGAGAAGAGAAAUAGGAGAUUCUACUGAGUUGUCAAUUCAAAGAGAAAAUCAAACUGGUCAACGUUUAGAAAUCAAUAACAAUAGAAUUAAUCUUGAUAAUAUUCUUGCAAACCCAGGAGUUUCGUAUCAACAAACAGUAGACGGUGUACAAUUAAGAAUCGAGUAUAUUAGUGCUAGACUGGGGACUUUUCAAGAUGCAGCCGUGCUAGCACUAUGGUGCUAA